AUGGGGGCAUUUAUAACCCGGUUUGGGUCUAAAGCUAUCUCUCCAUCCUUUUGGUUCGAUCAUUGUUGGCCAAACUCGCGCAAGUUUUGGUUCUCUCUGUUGUUCAUCGCUGUGAUCUGCGCUAAGAUUCUUCACAUCUACUCCCAUCUAAACUCAUUACCUCUCGGACAAUUGGUCAUCUGGGGCCCGACAUUCUUUUUACAAGAUGUAGUGUGUAUCUUACUCACUCACGGCCUGUGUGCUGAUCACCAGCGCCGCUGGGCACGUGUCAUAGCGGCCUCGUUGGUCGUUCCAGCGAGUUUGACAAUCUCCGGUCUGGCAGCCGCCAAUAUCUCUUUCUACGUCGCAACCGGAGCCGAGAUCCACUGGAAACAAGCGCACAACUUCCACGGCGACACGGCUGCUGUCAAAACGCUGCUCACCGGCUUAACGGGUUUAAUCAUCGUCGAGAUCGUCUUUCUUGCUGCGUCCUGGUUUUCAACCCCGCAUAUAUAUAGCUGGACCAAAGGAAUUGUGUCAAUCUUUGGGGGUAUUCUGCCGUCCGCCUGUCGCAGGAAACGAACUUCUCCGAUCUUGAAGAGCUAUGAGCGAGUCGCACCCGAGGACUGGGAUGAGGAUCGAACUGGGUUGGAAUUGGGCUCACAGAGAAUGGAAGCGGCUCAAACAAAUGUAGCAAAGGAAUCUUGGCGGUCUUGUUGGCUGCGAGCCUUUGUUUUCACAUUCACUGGCCUUGUGGUUAUUUUGUGUUGCAUUCGCCCUUCAAAUGCUGCCUAUAGCUUUUUAUCUGAGACUGUCAUCGUCACGCCGUUCGCCAAGGACCAGUCUCGCACUUCAUCACCAUUUGAUCUACUUGGAUUGACAGGUGAUUACAGUUGGCUGGGCAAUCAUACAGCCCUCGUGGCGCCGCCCAAAUUUGACUGGCUGCCACGCGAUAAACUGGCUGGGUUCAGUGACUGGUAUGAAAAUGCCAAUCACACUGCGCGCGUGCAUUACAAUCCAGCACAUGAUCCACUUCAUAUCUCCAAUCUUGAAAAUGAAGUCCUCGAGUCUCUCCGCGAGCCGCUUCAGAGCGGCAGUGUCAAUAUCAAGCACGUGUUACUUCUCAAGCUAGAAAGCACUCGUGCUGAUGUUUUCCCACUUCGGAAGGAAUCCUAUUUUGGGGACGUAAUUCGCGAAACGUUCAAGAAUGGCCACCUCCCUGCUGAGGUUGAAGAAAGACUGGCCGAUCUAACACCCACCGCAGAGAGACUUACAGCCACUUCUUCUGGGUUCAAUGGGAACGCUAAUGUAGCUAACCCCUAUGGGGGAUUCCAUGCUACCAACGCUUACACGGGCGGUACCUUUACCCUGAAGAGUAUCGUGGCGACUGUGUGCGGUAUCGCUCCCUUGGUCGUAGACUUCAAUCGCGAAUACCUGCACCACAUCUACCAACCGUGCAUGCCGCAUAUUCUGGAGGCACUCAACUCUCAGGCCAGGACCAAGACGGAGGACUAUACCUCUUGGCCAUGGCGAUCCACAUGGAUGCAGUCCAUCACUGAUGAAUACGACAACCAAAACCUUCUCACGCCUGCUUUGGGCUUUAAACACCAAGUAACCGACAUCAACAUUGCCGAGGAUCGUGCGAAGCAGGGUGGCCCUCUACCACAGAAGUUCAAUUUCUGGGGUUACCCGGAAACAGAGCUUGCGGACUAUUACCGCAAUGCAAUCAACACAGCAGAGAAGCGGAAGGAGCGACUGUUCAUUUCGCACCUGACUGGCAUUACCCAUCAACCUUGGGAUACCCCAAAUCACAAGUACGAGGAAAUGAUCAGUCACGGCUGGGUAGGAAGGACCAAUAAAGUAAAUCACUACCUGAAUACACUUGCGGUCGCAGACAAAUGGCUCGCCGAGUUGUUGGACAUCCUAGAGGAAACGGGUGUUGCGAACGAGACCCUGGUCGUGAUGGUGGGCGAUCAUGGCGUUUCACUCCCUGAGAACAGCGGCGUCACCCCAUAUCUGAACCCCCACAGCUCCAGCUUCCACGUCCCUCUAGUCUUUGCCCAUCCCCAACUGCCACCCAUCGAGAUAAACUCUCGAGUCGCCUCCAUACAAAUCCUCCCGACAAUCCUUGAUAUUCUCUCAGAAUCCGGAUCCCUCGACAAACAAUCCGAAUCAGCGAUCAAAGAUCUUCUCCCUAUGUACGAAGGCCAAUCAAUGAUCCGACCCACAUUCGCAGAAAAAGAUGGAAAGCAAGACUGGCAGUUCUCAGUCAUGAACACCGGAGGAACAUGGCUUGCACUGCGAUCCGCCGCAAAGCCUUACCGUCUCAUCAUCCCCGUCAUCCCUGACCUCGAGUGGCGGUUCUCGAAUGUAGAGACCGACCCCCAAGAACUUGAAGCACUGCAGGACUUCGAUCUUGAGAAUUUGAUGAAUAUGGUCUUGGCUGAAUACGGAGAAGAUGCUGUGCAGUGGGUGAAGGACGCGGCUCACGUGGCGAAGUGGUGGGUUAAGGAAAAUUGGCGGCGCUAUGAAUAUGUGCCUUGA